UAUACUUUAAUCACUCUUCUGCUUUCUUUUCCAGGCUGUUCUCUUCACUGUGAUGAGUGUUGGCACCUUAGCUUUUUUGCUGAUCAUCCAGAACCAUCAUAGUAUGAUUAACAUAAGUAGCCGUCUUGAUCCAAUCCCAAUCACAACCAAAGCACCCCAGCCACCACCACAGAAGUACCUCAUAUAUUAUUGUGACAAAUUGACUCGGUGUCUAGGAUGGGGUGACCGGCAACGAGGUAUAAUGUCUGCCUAUGUAUUGGCUAUGGCUACAAACCGGACAUUCGGUAUCAUAAUGACAAAACCAUGUCUGCUUACAAAAUUCUUUGUUCCAAAUCAAGUCAACUGGAAUGUGAAUAUGUCUGACAUUCAACAGCGCAGUGCACAGUAUUUUGAUCUCAAUAGCAACGACAUGUUCACCAAAACACUAAACACGGUAAAUCUUGAAGCCCUGUUUCAUGCUGACGUCAUCUACCUAGUUACCAAUCGAUGGUAUAUUAAUUCGUUAUUAAAAAACUCACGCUACCGACGUAAAUUGAAGGAUCUCGACAAAAUGAGUUGGAGAAAGAGCUUCGCCAAAGUCAUGGACCAGAUGUUUCGACAUAGUAAUUAUAUGAAUGAAAAGAUUGAAAGCACUCUAAAACGAUUUAUUCCCAACAACACCACAAAGCUAGUGUGUGCUCAAAUUCGUCUCGGAACUAAUCCCACAAUUCCUUUGGAUUUCCGUGUCCGUAAUAAGUACUCAUCAGUUAGUGUUGUAUGGAAGUUUUUACAGAGGUACAGCAAUUCUACAUACAAGAUAUUUGUUUCCACAGACUCUCAGACUGUUCGAAUGAGCGCAAAGAAACUGUUUGCUAAACAGAUUGUUGAUGUCGAAGGUGCUAUAGUACAUGUUGACAGUUAUGAACCGGGUCGAGAUGAGUUUGCUUGCGGUGGCUUUGAGAAAGCCCUGCUUGAUCAGCACAUUCUUUCUCUUUGUGACAUCCUGGUAAUUAGCAGGGGUGGCUUUGGUUUUAAUGCCAUCUACGUACGCAAAAAGAACAGUAGCGUCUAUAUCUUCCAUGAUGGUAAAGUCAAGCCACUUGACUGCAACAAAAGUCAGUUGUGUUACUGAUACAAUGAUUCUGUUCCUUACUCCUUCCCUAACAGACAUACACACAUACAUACAUACAUACAUACACACACACACAUGUACAUGAAAUGCAUACAUGCAUUCUUAUAUACAUUAUGCUCUGAAACGUGGAUGAGGGUUUUUUGGGGGGUUUUUUUUAAGAUUCCAUCCACAUGGUCUGCUGAUGCAAUAUUAGUGAAUUCUAUUGCCCCGAUCUACUCCUGGCCUCAGUCCCUCAAUAAUUUGCGACCAUUAUUCUAUGUGCCCCCAUCAGCCUAUAACUGUACAUUCUUUAUUGGGUGUAUUGCGACUGGGUGGAAAAAAUAAAAAUUAGUUUCCACAUGCCAUGUUAACUCCCACCCACCCACUCCACCCCUUCCAAAUUAUUCCAUACCUUCGGUUUUGUAGAGGAUGGAUCUGUAAAUGCAUUAAUACUCUUUUUCAUCUUGUACAUAUAUCCUCCAACAAUAUUCAGGAACACACACACACACACACAUGCACACACACACACACACACACUCACACUCUGAUACACACACAUGCAUAUAUUUAUGAAUGUGUGUGUGCAUGUGUGUGACCUAUGUAUUUUACUAAAAUUAAUAUUUGACUCUUGUAGUUAUUUCACUGGAGCCUUUAAAAAAAAAAAACAAAAUAAAAAAUGAAAAAAAAUUCUUUCUUUCUAGAAUAAACCUAUUAAAUUAAAAGAAAAAAAAAUAUUUAGAAAUUUUAAUCUUGGUGGGGUUGUGUGAAAUAGCAAGAUAAAAAAAAAGAUUUUAAAUUCUUUAACCUCCCUCUCCCAUUCCCUGGUCUUUCAAAUAUCCUUUCAUCACAACAUUUUUUCAUGAUUCAAUAUUGAAAAUGCUAACUUAACUCUUUGAUCCUUUUCUCUAGUUCUCAAAAGUUUUCAAAGUACUAUAGAUAAGAUGGCCGUAACUAGGAGAAAAAUGGCUGACCAUUUUGGUUAGGAAGAAGGAUGCUAAACAUGUUUUAACCCUUUAAGCACUCAGAUUACUCUGUCAAAUGUAAUGCUUGUUUAUUCACAUUGUUUUGAAUUAAUCACGCAUUAUCUCAUAGCUUUGAGAUUUCUAAGAUGUGAUUGUUUAUUUUUAGAAUGACAUUGUAGUGUAGGUGUGAGAGGCAGAAUCUGGCUGUCUUUGAACUUAAAACUGGUAGCACAUUUUGUCCUGAUAUGGCUGGUUUAAAUGCUAAAGGGUUAAUUUCUAUAGAUCAAGAAUAUUGUUGCCUUACAGGAUCAGUGUAGAUAAGUUGGUGGGUGGCUAGCAAAAAAUAUCAUCAAUGUGAUUUUUGACAUGGUUAGAGUUUUUCUGAUAAGAAAAAAAAAAAAACAACCUUAUGGGUCAGGAACAUUUAAACAAUAGAUUUGUGAACCCAAUGAACCAAAUUAUAUUUGGUAACAACAUGAAGGGCUAAGUAAUUGACAUGUAUAGGUAGGGUGGGGGUCUGUAGAAUAGACAUGUUUAGCUUUUUGUGUGGUGAUUCUUGAGUGUUCAGUUAGCUACUACUACUAUCCACUUGCCAUAUAUUUACUCUGUACCGUCAUCACAUCUGAAGGGCUACCCAAGAGUUACCUAGCCAACUUUAGAUAGUCACCAUCUGUUUGUAAAUAUUUUUGACUUUAUCUGCUUACUCAUUUUCUUUCACUCCCUUGGAAAUUUCUUUAUCAAUAACCCCAAAAAACAAAAACAAAGAAAAAGCAAAGAAAAAUACCAAAAACAAAAAGAAAAAAAAAAGACAGCCUUACUCCGAUAACCUUUUUCAACAACACCAAAAAGAUGAUAAACUGUAUGAAUUUUAUACAGCAAUUGGAAACCCUGUGUGUAUAUAUGCAUGUGUAUGAAGGAACGUGUGUAUGCAUGUGCAUACGUGUACUGAUAUAUGCAUAUGUAUGUACGUGUGUGUGUGUAUGUGUGUGUGUGUAUAUACUUGGAGUCUUUCCUGAAAACAAUUGGACCUUCCAUCCAUCACUUUCUAUCUCAAGUUGAACAUCUCCUUUUCGUUUAACUUGUUUGUCCCUCUCUGUUUCUCUCUUUCUCUCUCUCUCUCUCUCACACACACACAUACAUACGCACACACUCACUCACUCUUCCUUGAGAUUAAAGUUUCUGUCUUAUCUUCCCUUGAUGAUGAUGUUUACUGUUAUACAGUAGAUUUAAGUGUUGGUGCUGCAUCGGAAGGUAGAAUAAUGUGGUUUGGCAGAUAAUGGCCAUGCCAGUGGCUGCACCAUUAUUAUCUCUUGUUUUCAUCUGCUUUCCUUGUUAUUAUUACACAUUUCUUGGCAAUUUGACAAACCAUCAAAUCUUCAGUUGACUGUCAAUGACCUGUACUGAUGAUGUUGACAAAAUAUUAGUGACAUAGCUUGUUGAUACAUCUGCUGACAGUGUUGAUGUAAAACUAGAUUUAUAGUUGAAUGUCAGCACAGCUGAUGGCAAUUUUGACAAAACAUCAAGUCUGCAGUUGACCGUCAAUGACAUACACUGAUGGUGUUGACUAAGUAUUAGUCAACAUAGCUUGUCAACAUAUCUACUGAGAGUGCUGACAUGAAACCUGAUUUAUAAUCAUCUGUCAGCAUAUUUGUUGGCAAUUUUGACAAAAUAUCAAGUCUACUGUUGACUGACAAUACGUUUGCCAAUGACGUUGUCUUAACACCAGAUCUACUGUGGACUGACAAUACAUCUGCUAAUGACGUUGUCUUAACACCAGAUCUACAGUUGACUGUUAAUUCAUCUUCUGGCUGUGUUGAUUGUUAAAAAUCUCUGCUGAUUCAAUACAAUAAAUAUCUCCGACUGGCUGUUGACACAAAUACUGACAUUGUAAAACUCAUCACAUCUGCUGAGAAGUUUUACAUCACAUAUCUACCAAACUUAAGCUUUAUAUUUAAAAUAUGCAUCUGCUGACAAACAUAACACAACAGAUCUUCAGUUAACACAUCUUCUGAUUUCGUUGACCAACAAAACACUAAACACAGUUGAGUCAAUUCAUCUGCCGACAAUGUUCAUACAAUGCUAUAUUUAUAAGAUCGCUCAACUUCUUAGCUAAAAGCAUUUCCACAACAAUCAAAUCUACAGGUGACAGUUGAUUCAUCUGUUGACGACAUUGAUUUGGCACAAAAUGAGUGUCGACUCGUUUGCUAAAAACAUCAACAAAACACAAAACUAAUGUAUAGCGUUGGCAGUAUUUAUGACAUUCAAGCAGGUCCUUUAUUAAUGAUGUGUCUUGAAGCAAUUUCAUCUAUAAAUAAUUUCUGCCUCCCCACCCCCAUUCGAAGCGUUUUUAACUCAAUGCAUUAUAAGGUGUUAUUUACUGCUGAUUUUGCUUUGAGACAUAUCAUAAAUAAAGACUUUACAAAUUUCUCGAUACCUGUGCAUUUGCAUUCUAAAUGUAAUAAACAUUUAAUUUCUUCUAUCAAAGUUUCAGUCAGUAUUUUCUAUCAGCACCCACUUACUCUUUAUAGCUUUAUAUAUAGCACUUAGGCUAGGUGGGAACUGAUUUCUAAAUCAUGAAUUUUAUUAAAACACUUUUUUUUUUGAAAUUUGCAAUGUUUGUUGUUACUGCUACUUUUUCUUUUUUUUUUUGUUUUUGAAAUUUUCUUUUAUAUCUUCAUGCCACUUUUGUUUUAAUUGCUAUUUAUUAUUUAUUUUUAUUUUUCUCUGUUUUUUCCUGAGAAGUUGACAUGUGGUAGUCAGCACCCUGUCCAGUGAUGUGAUGAGAGUAGUUUCCCAUCAGCAAAAAUUCUAGGGAAAGCUGAGAUAAAUGCUGGCCCUAUGGGUCAUAAUGUUUUGAGAUGCAGAUUUAACCAAUAUUACAAGGAAGGUGCCACAGCACACCUCCAAUUUCUCAGUGAAUCAAGACCACAGCCUGGUUUUAAUUAUUUCUCACACUCCUUUUUUAUUUCUUCUCAAAUGUUAUGCAUCAUAACUAAUUAACAAUAACCAUUAUUUAACAUCAUCAUCUAAGGCAAGCUCUUAGUGAAACCAUCACUAAUAACUUUGACAAGAGGAUAUCCACUACACUACAACUUUUUGUCCCCUUUCUGCCUCUCCUCGAAUUCAAAGGCUUUGUGCCUGCCUUUAUAAGAAAUAUCAUGAUUAAUUUUGUAAAUUAAAUACAAAAGUUUUAUUGGAAAAAAAAAGGGAAAAAAAAAAAAUUUACAUGCUGCCAUGGUUGGUUAUUUUUUUAAUUGUUUUUUGCCCCCACUACAGUUUCGUUUUUGCUGUGUGCAUGUGUAGCUGUGAAUAUUUAUGCAGGAGUAGCAUGUGUGUUCAAAAGUUAGUUCUUCCCAUAUUUUUUGUUGUUAUUGAGGGCAUUGGGCUUCGCGUCUAUGUUAGAAAUAAUAAUAAUUAUUAUUAUUAUUAUUACUAUUACUUACUAAGGCAGUGAGUUGGCAGAACCAUUAGCAUGCCAGACAAAAUGCUUUGUGGCAUUUUGCCCAUCUUUAUGUUCUGAGUUUAAAUUUUGCCAAGGUUGACUUUGCCUUUCAUCAUUUUGGAGUCGAUAAAUUAAGUGCCAUUUGAGCAUUGGGGUCAAUGUAGUUGACUAGCCCCUUCUCCAAUAUCUCAGGCCUUGUGACUACAGUAGAAAAUAUUGUCAUUGAGGGCGGUGAAUGAGCAGGUUCCCAUAAAGCACCAGAAGUGGAAUUUAGGUUUCUUUUUCCUUUUACUAAACUAAAGCAUGAAGGGCUGCGUUUGAUUUUUUUUUUUUUUUUUUUUUUUUUUUAAGGAAAAGGAAAUUAUCUUCAAACUGGAUACUUAGUUCAAAUUCUUGGAAUAGAGUACAUUCUGCUUUGGGCACCCAAGGGCCAGAUGGUGGUGUUAAUCUAGGAGAUGGAUUACGUUUACCACACACAAUCAAGGAUGGUCAACCUAAGGCUUUGGUACAAGACACCUUUGCUUCAGGUGCCAUGCUGUGGGACUGAACCCAAAACCACACCCUGCACCAGUUCAGUCCGAGUUCAAAUCUCGCCAAGGUUAAAUUUGCCCUUUACAUUAAAUUCUUCCAGAGACAAUGAGUUUAGUACCAGUAAAAUAUCAUUAUUUAGGCAGCAUCCUGGCAGAACUGUUGGCAGUCUUUAUACUCUGAGUUCAAAUUCUGCCAAGGUCGAUUUUGCCUUUCAUCUUUUCGGGGUUGAUAAAAUAAGUACCAGUUAUGCACUGGGGUUGAUGUAAUUGAUUAGUCCCCUCCCACCAAAUUUCAGGCUUUGUGCCUAUAGUAGAAAGGAUUAUUAUUAUUAUUAUUAUUAUUAUUAAGGAAAUAAGUUGUCAGAAUUGUUAGCUCAAAUUCCACUGAGGUUGACUUUGCUUUCCAUCCUUUUGGGCUUGAUAAAAUAAGUCCCAGUUGAGCACUGGUGGAGGGGAGGGGGCAGCGUAAUUGACUUAUCCCCUCCCUUCCAUAAUUGCUGGCCUUUUGUCAAAAUUUGAAAUCAUUACUAGGAUGGUAGGUUGGAAGAAUUGGUACAGCAUUGGACAAAAAUGUUUUGCUAUAUUCAGUUCCUAUUCUUUCUGAAUUCAGUCUCCAUUAAGGUUACUUUUUGCCUCUCACACUUUGAAAAUCAAUAAAAACAAAGUACUAAUCUUGUGCUGGGGGUCAGUGUAAACAACUACUUUCCUCUCCACAAAUUUCUAGCCUUGUACUUAUAUUAGAAACUUUGUUAUUAGUAGGGAUAAUAGAUUUGCAUAAUUGGUUGAACAUGAACAAAAAACCUUUUGAUAUUUAAUGUUUUUAUGUUCUAAAUUUAAAAUCCUGCAGAGGUCAACUUUGCCAUUCAUCUUUCGGGGUUGAUAAAAUAAGGUUCUAAACUAGUACUGAGUCAGCAUAAUUGACUAACCAUCUCUCCUCAAAAUUGCUGGCCUUGUUCCUAAAUUAGAAACAAUAUUGUAUUGUUAUUAUCAUUAUUAAGGCAGCGAGUUGGCAGGAUCAUUAGCAUAGCGGUAUUUUGUCUGCUACGUUCUGAGUUCAAAUUCCGCCGAGGUCAUCUUUGCCUUUCAUCCUUUUGGGGUCAAUAAAAUAAGUACCAGUUGAACACUGGGGCUGAUGUAAUCGACUCAUCUCCUCCCCUAAAAUUGCUUCCCUUAUGGAAAAAUUUUAAACCAUUAUUAUAAGGUGGUGAACUGGUAGAAUUGUUAGCAUGCCAGGUAAAAUGCUUAGUAGUAUUUUGUCUGUCUUCACAUUCUGAGUUCAAAUUCCACUGAAGUUGACUUUGUCUUUCAUCCAUUCAGGGUCGAUAAAUUAAGUACCAGUCAAUUACUGGGGUUGAUAUUAUUGACUUCCCUCUCCCCCAAAAUUUCGAGCCUCAUGCUUAUAGUAGAAAGGGUUAUUAUUAUUGUUAUAAAAAAUGUGGUAAGCUGGCAGAAUCAUUGACACACUGGAUAAAAUGC